UUUGGAUGCCCGCAGGUAUCAUUCCAAAUUGUGGACGACAUGCACCAGCGACACCCCCGGUUGGUACGCGACAUCUACUGGGAUGAGGCAGAACCACAGCUUCCUUACACCAAGUCCUCGGUGAACCUCCGCACUCAGCCACACCUGGGUUCAGCAAUGACUCUCGAUGUGGACCCAGAGGAAUCCGAGUUCGUUCCCAUGGAGACCAUCCUGGAGGAGGACCAUGACGAGCACAAGUACUCGAGCCCACCGACGUCACCACCCAAUGCAGCAGACGUGCCGCAGGUGCCCGGGCCACUGGGCUCCCAUUUCUACCACGUGCCAUUGCACCUUCAGCCAUCAGAGUGCGCACCGCCGUCCACUAUCUCAAAUCACCUCCUCGACAGCCCACUCAUCACGACUCGGAACACCUCUGACAACACCACCCAAACGGGACUGCGGAUCUUGAGUACGGGCAGUCGGCUCCUCAACCUCAUCAUCGGCAGCAGCAACGACAACCUGCCGCAGUCACCCAAGAUCAAGGAUCACCCGCUCGUGCCACACUUUGUGUCGCGGCCGCAAUUAAGCCGUCGCACCGCACGGACCGUGUCUCUCUGCGAGGGCCUUGACCAUCGCAGCCACGAAUUCACGGUCGAGGAACGCCGGUCUCUGCUGCGCGGAGAUGACCGGCCGACCAUAAAGGAGUCGGUGCCGACGUCAGUCAUUGUCGACUUGGCCGCACCUCCGACGACCAUCGAGGAAGCUAAGCAGACCGACGAAUCACAACAUGACAAGAGAAUGGAAGAGCAGCCGGAGCCGUCGCCGUACGAGCCAAAUAGCUCGACCGAGAGCCUAGUCGAAAACAGUCAGUGCAGCACCGACAGCUACACUCAGUUGCUGCCGCCAUAAUGCAGCGGCAGUGAAAUUAGUCAGCUUAUCUGGCUGGCAGGCCUUUCAACUGGUGGUCAGCUUUGAGAGAAGCACAACAACGCAAGUGCCAAACGGGCAGCACUCAAAUGAAUUGAGUGCUGCAAGUUCUUCACCAACACAGUGGCCCAAGUCACUGCUUUCCAAAGCUGACAACCACUAUGACACAAGCCUGCACAUGGCCUGCCAAUUCGAACGAUUUCUGCACUGGCCAGACAUAAAACACCCAACAUAAGAUUUUAAGACACCGUCUCAUAAUGUGCACAACGUACUGCAGCUGCAUUUUCGUCUUGACUCUUCGGCUGCAACUGUGGUCAAGAGAGGUCACAUUUGCGAUGUUCAAAGCCAGGCACUGAAUCGUUGUGAUGUGAAAAAAUCGAUGUCAUCCACCCUCAGAGGAGUCCAGGCUGAGUGCAGAAAGGGAACAGCACCGUCAGCCAUGUGUCAUCUUACGUAUAGUUAUAUGCAGACAAACUGUCGAGAACAGAGCAACCAUAAAGGCAAAUGCUGUUCCACUCGUGCCUACAGCCCUUCGCAAUGGUACGGAACAAAGCAAGGGCGGCAAGCAACAUUAUACUGCACGCAACUUUCACGUUGUCCAUAUGGUGGAGGCUUUCAGCGUGGCAAGUUGAGCAAAGCCUGCUCAGAAAGGCUUAUCUUAUGCACACUGAAUCGCUAGCAACGAAGAAAAGCUUGCACAUUAAGAGAGACAUGGUGUUAUUGUACGCCUACAAGUCUGAAAAUGAAGCACAGCAAACAUGUUACAAGUCGAAACAACUCAUUUGAAGGCAUCCUCAGCAGUAAUCUGCAAGUGCUUUUGCGUAUCGACUCAAUCGCAAGCAUUCUCAGUAAGCAAGGAAAAAGGAGGCAAUUUACAUGAAAACUGUUACGCCACUCCUUCAUGAAGGGUCACAUUUAAGGGCCGCACUUAAAGACUUAUCCCACCGAAAUGGCAAUCAGCCAUGGGCACGUUGCCACAGGCAAACCUGAUCAGUGGAUAUAGACAAUGUGCUAAUUGUUUGUCGACUUCGAGGAACAGAUCUCUGACGCGAGAUGCUCACCAGUGAUAUUUUUGUGCAUGUGAAAGUGUGUGUGCAGCUGUUUGUGAUUAUUUAAACUGCGUGGCGACUGUAAUGGACGUGUUGUGAUGUGCACUCAUGACUCAGUUCUCAGAAACAGUGAAAAUUUUUUUCUUUUUCUUUCGUUCACCCUCAGUGGCACAUUUCAUUUCCACUGAAUGUGCCGAGAAAUGUCUCGGUUGUUGUAAUGCCUGUGGGGACACGUCUCAUGCCGAACUGAUGUUGUGUGCACCUGAUCCAUGCUUACACAAGGGUUCCGGUGAACUGUGAUGCAGUUUCGUAAACCAACUGUGGACUCUCGCAAACAACCCAAACAUUUUGUCGCACUAUUUUUUCAAGAAAAAUGUACUAUAAUUCAACCGCUGUGCCACUCCUGCAACCGGUGAAAUGACCAGUGAAAUUGACCUGAUAUGGUAAGCACGAAGAAGCAAGUGACCAUUUGCGUCAGCUUUGCCAUCAAAAUGCUCUUGAAAGAUGUGUAAUAAUUGGCGUUGACCUGAGAACCUGCAAGAGAGUGCUGCGAGACUGCUUGUUUGCAUGCAGGUGUGAUGGUGAUUCAGUUGUCAGAGCGAGUUUUAGCUUAAACAGACCUGCAUUGACUCGAAGCAUCCGGUAAUCAAAGCCUCUGCAGGUCAACAGCACAUCUUUGGUCUCCUUAAAGGGGUGAGGUAGUCAGAGGAACCAUUGCAACAAGGCAGUCGUCAUGUAGAAUACAGGACAGUGAUGCUCCCACUGUCAGGAGUGGUGAAGCUGUCUGUGCUGAACAGUAGCUCCUAUCGUAACUUGCUAGGUUCCGGAUGCUGAAAACUUCUCGCGGUUGGCAACCCACACUUGGCGGUUGCGAUGUCGAAGGAUGUUAGUUUAUUCUGGAGCGAGUGUCGGCACUUUUGCCCCCAUUUACAGGGUCUCGGGUGCACUUCUCUGGCUCGAUUCGCUACCCAUGUCGCUGCGGCCAGUGGCCGAGAAGAAACAUGGCGCCAACUAGGCUGGCAGCUUCAGUGCUGUGGAGUAUGCCCGAAGCUGCGAGGCCUCACGUGUGUGGGACGAUGGACUGAUGCAGCUCUUGUGAGACGUGGGGAUGCACUGUCAUCCUGCGUGACUCGACAUAUCCCAAGCGGCUGCCAAUGCACAGUGUACGAUCUGGCAGAAAGAUUAGGUAGUAGUGUAUAUUCGGCAAAUUAGACGAGACUUCCAAGCGUGCCGAUCUUCUUCCUCAUGGAAGUUUUGUUGCAGACAGUAGGGAUGAUGCCUGCGACAGUACAUGUCGCUCUACGUACAGCUGUUCAUGCGACAUGAACAAAUGACAGGUGUGUGCACCUCCUCAUGAGCACAUCUCUGUUCUCUACAAGCUGAUUGAAAGGAAAGGGAGUCUCGUUUGUUCUUCGACCAAUGAUGAUAUGCAGUUUUUGAUGUGAACAUGCACGCAGCAUCACGCGUGCUGAGCUCCUUAUUUAUUUACCUGUUAUAUGUCACCCUUUCGUCACUGUCAUUGUUUCAGUGUUUUCCGUAGUGGUAUGUUUAAAAUGUAUGAAACUGCACGUUUUUCAGUGUUACCGGUUUCCGACGACAUGCCCAAGAUUGCGCACGAAUGAUGCGGCUGUUCAUUUGAUGACACGGGCUGCUAACAUUGUCUUGGUUUCCGUGCCCGCGUUAGUCUAUAAGUGAUUUGAAUGGGUCAAUUAUUUGUUUUGGUUUGCGUGGAAAUGAUUGCCGCAUUUCUUCCACAGCUUCAUGGAAACUUCACGGUGAAACAACAGGGGCUUUGCGAUUUCUAGCAGCAUCUGUUUUAAAUAAAUUGUUGUAAUAGUUUAACCGCUGGCCAAAACAUUGCUAGCGUAAAGGAAUGUUUCAUUCCUGCAACGUCGAAAGAUGUCACAACAACACCGUCCUUUGCCUAAUCCAAUGUUUUUAACGAAUUUAUUUGACAUCAAGUAGGCUUGUGUUUAGGAAUGACCAAGUCCUGUAAGCAUGAAUUGUCGCAAAGGCUGCAGGGGACGUAGAAAGUUCAAUAACAAUGCAAAGGAAACAUGUUGGUACACGAAUGACGUGAAAUGUCUGCAACAUUCGUGGCACAACAAUUGGAUAUACUUAACAAUGAACUUGUAAGUGUAAUUGUAUUUUCCUGAAUGGACGGGUAACUGCAUUCUAUAUCAGUAAGGCCAUGAAGAUAGAAGAUAGAAGCAUGAAGAUAGACAAGAAACUAAUGGCCAAAUUGUAUGUCUAUAAGAAAAAGCAAAGAAAGACGGCUCUUCGUGCCAUUUCAUGCUAAAAGGACGACAUGCUCCCAGCAAUCCGAUCCAACAUUAUGCGACAAGAACAGUUGACCUGACGGAGUGCUUCACUUCCGUGAAAGUCUCCUGAGGGUGCUCAAGUAGACAUCCGCAGUAGGUAAACUUUCUCCCUUGCGUGUUUGACAAGCUGCUCGCCGCAUUGGUAAACGUAAACCUUUCGCCCAACGAAGUUGCAUCACUAGACAGAUAGGAUCGUCACAUUGACGAUCUGUUUUUUUUCUUUCCAACGUUUCCUUUUUCUUCUUCUCGAGUUCCUGUUUAAAUGUGAUCUUUUCACUGUUCGCUACGGAUCUUUUACAUCCGGCUCGCCGAUUAGUGGAACGACUAAGACACAGAUGUGGAGCUUUCUGUGAAAGCGUAUUGUAGAAUACAGUGACACCUGGGCGGUUCUCAGUUUCACCUGUUGAUUUUUUUUUUACGCAACUGCAUUUAUUAUGGCUUAUUGUUCCCGAUGAACACAUUACGCCAGCACUGCUUUGAACUGUUUACGUGAAUUCUCAGCAGGUCAUGGUUUCGUUGUGCAACAUCCGAGGUUCUUUAGUUGCUCUGCGUUUAGCAACUUCGACGGUUAUGCUGUUUGCAAGAAAUGAUGCAAGCUGUAGACUCUCUGUACUGAGCAACACCUGCAUUACUAAACUGCUGUCCUGCUGAAAAUAAAUUGCCUGAAUGCA